AGCUCAAAUUGAAGUAAUCCCAUGCAAGAUUUGCGGGGACAAAUCAUCAGGCAUCCACUAUGGGGUGAUCACUUGUGAAGGCUGCAAGGGCUUCUUCCGUCGAAGUCAGCAGAACAAUGCCAUGUACUCCUGCUCAAGGCAGAGGAACUGCAUUAUUGACCGAACCAAUCGCAACCGCUGCCAGCAUUGCCGCCUGCAGAAGUGUCUGGCACUGGGCAUGAGCCGUGAUGCGGUGAAGUUUGGCCGCAUGUCAAAAAAGCAGCGUGACAGUCUUUACGCCGAGGUUCAGAAGCACCAGCAGUCCCAGGAGCGAGCAGGGGGUCUUGGCAAUGGUAUAUCCAGCCACACUGGGGAUGAGGCUGGGGAGAACGGCAACGGGCACAGUCGGGCUUACAGUCGGGGCUCCAGCACCACCCUCAGCGAUCUGGAUGACAUUACCACACUACCAGACGGUCUUCUUUUUGAUCUGCCGCUCACACCGGAGGAAGCUGCAGAUUACUGCAGUUUAGAGUUAUUGGGAGGAAGCAGUGGGAACAGUUCGUCUUCCCAGAGUUCUCCUGAGUCAAACAGACAAGAGUUUGGUGACGUGACGCACAUCAAACACGAGUAUAUGAGCCCACACGAGUCUGGACUCUUCACUCGCUCGAUACUUAAUCCACCUGAAGGCUGCUCAUUGAUGGAAAUAGAACGGAUCACACAAAAUGUGAUAAAAUCCCACAUUGAGACAAGUCAAUACAGCACAGAAGAACUGAAAAGAUUAGCCUGGACCCUCUACACACCUGAAGAGAUCCGUGUCUACCAAAACAAGCCCACAGAGAUGCUGUGGCAGCAGUGUGCAGUGCAACUCACCAACGCCAUUCAGUAUGUGGUGGAGUUUGCCAAGCGAAUCUCUGGAUUCAUGGACUUGUCUCAAAAUGACCAGAUUAUCCUUCUGAAAGCAGGCUGCUUGGACGUGCUUUUGAUCCGAAUGUGUCGGGCCUACAACCCCAUCAACAACACGCUGUUGUUCGAUGGAAAGUUUGCAAGCCCACAGCUGUUCAAAGCACUCGGUUGUGAUGAUCUGGUGAGCGCUGUGUUUGAGAUGGCUAAAACCCUCAGUCGGCUGCAGCUGUCGGAAGAAGAGAUGGCUCUAUUUACUGCUACUGUGCUUCUGUCUCCAGACCGACCUUGGUUGACAGAUGCCCAGAAAGUGCAGAAGCUUCAGGAGAAGGUCUAUGUUGCUUUGCAACACUAUCUUCAUAAAAGCGGUGUCCAUGAGGAGAAACUGGCCAAGAUGGUCUCCAAGUUACCCAUGAUGAAGUCUAUUUGCAAUCUCCAUAUUGAUAAGCUGGAGUUUUUCCGCCUCCUUCACCCAGAAACAGCCUACAACUUCCCUGCUCUCUACAGAGAGGUUUUCUGCAGCGAGAUCACCUUCCCUGACUCCACCGAAGGCUAA